CAUCAACAACUGCUGUCUCCCUUUUCUCUCUUCACACCCUCCUUAAUCGGACCUUCUUGUGAAGUGAAUCUUACAUGACAAUGCUUCCUAUGAAGCUGUUGCUAUUGAGAUGAAUGAUUGGAUCAUUAUCUGAUUGCAACAACUUUCUGCCGACUUACGUCCUUACAAGAUAAAUUCCAGCUUGCAGCCUACACCUACCUCCCCGCGCGUCUUGUUACUAUUUGUCCCUUUCGCUUGCCUUCCUUUCCACUCCCAUCGAAACCGCGAACUUCCAAGAACCACAGUAAUAGGCAAAGAGAUUUGAUACACGUGGGCAGACUGCGCACUAGCUCGUCGGCAGAGUAAUGACUACGAUACCUUCUUUCGCUUUCCACGACAUGGACGCGCCACACCUGGACGACCAAAUGGACGUGGCAUCAUCACCUUUUCGACAGACUGACGAUAUUGACAUCGACCUUGACUCAGUUCGUGAUCCUUCCGUCAUGGGCUCGGUCAAUGAUGACAUGAUUGAUGACGACCCGGACCAAAUGGACGACAAUGCCGCUGGAUUUGUUCAAAACCAACCCGAGGCCGCCGUGGCCGAUGAUGACAUGAUUGAUGAGACCAACGAGGAGGACUUUGAUUUCAGUAUGGAUGGAGACGCUGGUGGAAUUCAUGUGGACGAAGAUGAGGAUAUUCUCUACGAAGACGACGUCGAAGACGCCACCCAACCAGAAGGCGACCUCGCCCAGAAUGAUAAAGAGGUCGGUACGGAGAUCGAUCUUGGGGAUUUUGACACUGAUGCCGUUACACAACCUCAGCCAUUUCAAGAGACAGUCGCUCCAGUUGAAGAUGAGCAACUUUCUGCCGAAGCUGCCCCAGUACCUUCUGAAGGAAUCGUCCGUGAAGAAUUUGAAUCCACAGUGGAGCAAUUGGGAGAAGAUGUUUCUCGUGAGAAAGAUCAUGUUCCUCCAGAGGAUCAAUCUGCCGAUGAUGGUCAACCCCAGAAUGUGAGCGGCGUAGAGGAGCCUACGCCGGAGCCAGCUGAUGGUGAAGAUCCGUCAGCCGCGGCGCCGGACGCCUUUGGUGCUUCGGAAUCAGUGCCACAAGAGUACGAGCCUCUAGACGCGACCACCAACGAGCAUCCACCCCUCCACCCUGUCACACUAAAUUACAUGGACGAAGAGAUGUCACUGUUUCCUCCUAUGAUGGAAGACGCGUCUGCUGUGUAUUUCCUCCAGGAUUCUACACUCGCCUUCGAACCACUGGACAAAUUGCUUGCGGCGUGCCGUGAGAUAUUGACGGGCACACUUGAACAUCAUGACGAGCUUGUUCUCGAUAUCGGUUCUCUUGGACUGCACAUUUGCGAGGACUCGAAGUAUGCUUCUCAGCUGAGUCUCUCUCAAAUCCUCGACACAUACUUGCUUCUUUGCCAUAACGAUGGCAGUCAAGACAUUCCUCCAUUGUAUUGUUACCUGAGCAGCCGGGUGAGCUUGGCCUCUCAAUAUGCUUACCUGUUGUCUUCAGCUACUGAAGGCAAGGCCUUCUCCGAGAUAGCUGCUGAAUACGUUGAUACGCCCGAGCCAGAGGCAGUUCACGAUGAGUCGGCCGUUGCGCAGAGCCCUGAACGUUCUGAACAGCAUGCAGGUCCCGCUGAGCGAAACCCCGACAACGUUGUAGGUACAGUUGCCCAUCAGGCAGAGCAAGAGGACAUGACGCAGGAUGAGGAUGGCACUACCAAGAGUGCGGCCGGCGAAGUUCCAGAAGCCGUUGCUGAUGCCACCUACGAUGAUGCAGAGACUGAUUUGCCACUUCCAUCUGAGUCUGAAGCCAUCACCACUGCCCAAGAACCAACCAAAGUGGACGAGGCACCCCAAGCCGAUCAAUCCGUGCCUGUUGAAGAAGUGCCUGAUGACCUACAUGAUGAACCUGCCGUUGAGAGCUUUCCCGAUGAGAUCCAUGACGAGAUUGCCGACGAAUCUGAGUCUGGUCAUGCGCCAGAAAGCCACGUCCACGAGGACGAGACUAAUAGCUCGCAUACCCUUGAAGCGUACCCUCAAGAAGCCGAGGAAGACCAAGUCAAUGGCGAAGUCGAAGUCGAAAACCUCUUUGACGAGUUGUAUGAACAUAUUGAUCUGGAGCAUGAUGACUCUGUUCCUCAAGACGAAGAGGGCAUCGAAUCUUAUGACGAUGAAAAACUGAUCACCAAGGAUGAUGAGGUCGAUCUUGUCGAUGAUGACCUUGCGACCACUGUUGCUGACCCUCAGCCCUCCGUGGUCAAUUCAGAGAAUAGAGAAGAGUCGCCCAAGCUGCAUGAUGUUGUUCCUGCACCCGCCUCUCCUGGACCAAACAGUGCCGAUGUAUCUGCAGAUUCUGGUUUGCAACCGCCCCAAACUACAAGUCCUCCCAUUACACCAUCCAAGAAUAUGCACGCUAAGCGAAAAGUCGAGGACGAUGAUGAAUUGGAUCUCCUGGAUUUCGACACACCUGAGCCGAAGCGUCGUCGACCCUCGUGAUCCCCUUUCUUGGACCCGGCUACGACCCAUUUUCGACAUACCGAGGAUAUCCAGGACGCAUUCAACCCUACUAACCAAAUGCAAAACUAAUAUUUUAGGUCGAAUUAGUAUUCCCCUUGUUACUACAACGAAAGAUUCUUUCCUGACAUUCGUCGAAACCCCCUGGAUUAUAUUUUUGCAGCCAUGCAUUCCCCCUGUAAUACUAACGAUAGAUACUUUUUUUCACAUCCAGCUGAGGCCUUUCGAGACUGCAUUGGUGCCAGACUGGGCGCCAAUACUGCACGCUCGAAGAAGCCAUGUACCCAAAUGAUUGGCGACUGCAAUGGUUGGGUGGGAGGGUUUGCAGUUCGCCGUAAGUCGAUGGAUCAAGAAUGGGCCAGGAAAAGUUGGGGUUUGCUAUCUUCGAGCUGGAAUGAAGCACAGACAGGAUAGUAGAGAGCAAGUCUAAAUUUAUUGAUGAUUGGAUUUUUCUUUCUCUCUCGCCUCUUAUUGUUAUGGAUCUUCUCAAGCUGGGAGAACAUGGCUCGUGUAACGGACUGGGAAUCUUUACUCCCUCUAGAAAGCGAAGAGACGAUUGGAUUGGGGUGUGCGCAUGCGGGUGUCCACUUGAUAUUCAGUAUUCCGAUAUCAGAUACCAUCGUACUUUGUCCCGUCCAUCAUCUACUUGACAGCACUAAUUGUCACUGAUAUUGCACACUUCAACGAACGGGCGAAUGAACAAGAUCUAUG